CAAACCAAGUAUGCUGAUUGCCUCGUAUUUUUUAGCACGUUUCAUAGAAGCAGGGACAUUUUUUUAAGGUAGAAGACAUAAUAAGGAGGCAAAACAAUACCUCCUACCAUCUUGAAUACUAACAUCCCUCCCCUGACGUUUAGUGUUCCUGUCUCCACCCAUUGUCUCCACCCACCAUCACAUUCCUUUUCCUGCCAGAGGACAGACUCAGAAUCAUAACCUGACCACUUUGGCAUGAGUUGGAUUGGGACAAUUGUCUGCCUUUGCUCUUCAUCCUCCUGUGAGUGACCCAAUUCAUCUACCCGGCUUCAUACAGGAAAGAACUUUUCCCAUGAUCGUCUCUAAAAUCCCUCCAACUUCCUUCCUUUUCAAGUUCUAAGAUUUUCUUGAGGAUGGAAACAUUCUCCAGGUCUGAAAUUUUGCAGAAGUUGAAAUCAAGAUGUGUCUCGCUUGCUGCUAACAACAACCGAGGCUUUAAACAAGAGUUCAGGGAGCUCAGUGAAGUUGGGAAAGACCUCCCCACCAAAGCAGGCGCCGCAGACGCCAACAAACAGAAGAAUAGAUACCCUUUAAUUUUGCCGUAUGAUCACAGUCGGGUGAGGCUGUCCAUUCAAAACCAAGAUCCAGGCUCUGAUUACAUUAAUGCAAAUUUUGUGCCUGGCGGAGGGUCAGAAAGAGACUUCAUCUGCACCCAGGGUCCUUUACAAAACACCUUGCCAGACUUCUGGAGGAUGGUGUGGGAGCAGAACGUCAGGAUAAUUGUCAUGGUGACAUCACUGAAACAAAAACACACUAUUAUGUGUGAAAAGUACUGGCCUCUGGAAUCUAGGACCAUGUAUUAUGGAUCAAUUCAAGUGACAACUGUGACUCGCAAACAGGCUGCAGAUUUUUUCAUAACAACCAUAAACCUGCAGCAGAGAGGAAACCCAAAUGACAGAAUAAUUACACAUUACUACUAUCCCACCUGGCCAGACCAGGAUGUCCCACUCCCUUCGUCUCUGUGUGUGUUCACUGAGCAUGUGCGGCAGCAUUUGGAGGCCACUCCUUGCCUGGGGCCGGCCGUGGUGCACUGCAGUGCAGGCGUUGGGCGGUCGGGGACAUUUGUCACCUUGUUGUGGCUAAUGCAGCUGUGUAUGCGAGGGAUCCAGCCGAACAUCAAAGCUGCUGUGGAAGACCUGCGGCUCCAUCGAAUGUACAUGGUUCAGACUCCUGAUCAAUAUAUACUAAUUCAUGACUGUCUGAUACAAUGGCUCAGUGGAGGAGCGAUAGGAAGCAGGCCUCAGAGUCAAGGAGCCAACCCACAAACUAAAGUCAGCCCUCAGAGCUCUUCAGGACGAGGAGACAAAGCAGGAAAGAGGAGACAAUCCUCCCAACGCCCACCUCAACCAUCACAGAAUACAGUGCAGCAGAUUUUAAAGCCCGGUAACCUGCUGAGGAGGCUACUGCCCUCCGUAUCGAAUAUGAAGACGUCAAACGGCUCCUGAUGGCAUUCCAGAGGAUGGCCAGACAGGAUUCUGGCCCGCAUGAAGCACCUCCAGUGGGGGCAGCGAAGAUGAAAAAAAAAAGUGCUUUGUAUACAAUACAAGGACAUUUCCUGCAGGCAGAAAACUGGCCUAACAUUUCUGUUUAAAAGAUUUGUACAAAAAGACAUUAAAUGACGAGCGCCAUCGCACAACCAUGACAGAACAAUGAAUGUAUCAAAACUGUUUUCAGAAAUGAUGGCAAGGUUUUCACUGUUUCUAAGAAACUUUUUUUGGUAAACUCUCCUGCACAAUUGUUUAUUUUAUACGUUUCUGGGCAUGGCUGUUUUUUAAUUGUGACCAUAGCAUUUUUAAACAUAGCGAGGUCAAGAGGUCUCUCUAAAGGAACAAUUACAUAUUUUAUAAUCGGUACAGAUUUGCUACUUACAGUCUACUUGUUCCUUACGAUCCAAGUGCAAAUUUGAAGGUUUCUUUUGUUAAUCUGAUGUUGCAGUUCCAUUUUGAAUGUACUUACUCAUGUGUCUGUGACACAUUCGUUUUUAUGUGAAGGGAAAAUGAAAUAACUUUGCACUUCUAGUCAGACCUGUUAUUCUACUCAUCCCUUGAGUUUCACAAGAAGUAAAGGUUCCUACGUUUGCACAAAGACAAAAAAAACUGCAGGCAGAGCAAGUUUCAGGCCAUGAAGAAAGCCUUAAACAAGAUCUGCAUUGUGCUGCAAAAACAACUAGCUUUAUUAAAAGUCUGCCCCAAAACUGCUUUAAAGGCUGUUCUUAUUUUUUAUUAAGUUCUUGUAUUGAAAACUCAUUGUGCAUGAAUUCAUGUCACACAAAUGGUUAUCAGCACUUCAGGAUGCACAUGACACUAAAAACAGACACGUACAACGACUGUACAAAAAAAAAA